AUGCCUCCGAAGAGACGCAGAGAUUCGGGCGGCGUCUCUGCCACACUGCAGCCUCGCAAGCGUCCAUGCAAGACUGACCUUCGACACAGCUGCUACAACCACUGCUCCUCCCCGAAGAUGGGCGAGUAUAACUAUGGUCAUCACCAGACCCGGUCACAAGGCCUCCCUGCCUACUCAGAGAUCGAUACAGCGAACGGUGGCGAGCUCAGACAAAGGGAGCUCGGCAGACCAGGCCGUCUCGCUUCAAAAUGGAUUGUCGAUCUUGUCAACGGCUUUCUUGGCGAUGCCGGCAUACCACCAUGCGCACAUCGUGCCUCCGCACAUCCAGCGCGCCAUGAUCUCUACCGCGUUCUGAGCCAGUCCUCUGACUCUCCUGCAGAAUGGAAAGCCCAAGAACACGACGAAAUUCUGGCCGUUUGCAUGUGCCGCGCGUGUAAGAAGACCUUCACGAUCGUCUUGAAGUGCCAGACCGGUCGUCGGUGCGACAAGAACGUCCAACGCAUGCACCAUUUGGUAGCCACCACCGUUUCGGAUGGAGGAUCCCUUCACUCCAAGCACUAUCCCAUCAUUGGAGAGGCAGACUUCAUAUGUUCUGCCAUGGGCUGCGACCUGACUGUUCGCGUAGAAGUGUGCGAUCGCCGCCUGCCUGAGGUGUGGGAGGCAUCCUUAGUUGAUCGCGAAUCCAUUCAGGCAAGGUUGAAGGAGCUCCUGGAAUCCGAUGACCGUGAUAGGUACGAAGACUUCAAGUCUCCCGACAAGCGCGCGAAACUCUUCCCGGCACACUACCUGUGGCAGUACCUUAGCGAUGUCCUCAAAUCAGGGCCCGACAGUGCGGAGAAGAAGGUGUCCUAUCGUAACAAGUUCUUCACUCUUUGCUUCUGGGACAGGUUUCAAGAUAUCUUCGACUUUCUGGAGUUCCAGACGGUGGACGGAGACGGCGACCAGUCACUGGUUUUACCGCACCUCGAUGAUACACCCUCAGCCUUCACUGAUCCAAUGAGCAGGAGAGGCUGGUUUGAGAUUUGCCGGAUACAUCUCUACUUCCUCGUGGUGGACAAUCUGCCUAAAUAUCUGGUUGCACCCAUCGAGAUGCCCGUCAACCCGCAGAUAGACACCAUAAAGGUCCUGGAAGACCUUCUCGACGCCAAGUACGCCAAGUCAAAACAGUCAUUCGGCGACUACAGCCCAGAUGAUUUCGAUCUCCUCGGCGUCAACAAUGACAUUCACGAAAACAUGCUUUGGUACGCUUGUGCCUGUCAGGGUCAGACCGACCCUGCCAGCCGGGAGCUCUACUACGAGGCGCUUCGCCGCGUCAGCCAAAACAGAGAGGGCGUCAGCCCGGAGCUUAGAAAGUGGUUGGAGGGCGAGGAACUGGCACUCGUUAUUGUGAGAUCGGCAAGAGAGGCUGGGGCAGAUCCCCUGCACAAGGCUUACAGGGCACUCGAUUCGGAACAAUCUGCUAGCAACGAGAUUCUCCUCCGACAGUUUGACAACAAGUUGAAGUCAGCCUCCCAGCAUGAGCGGAAGACACUUCGAAAUAACCUGUUGCUCAUCGGCAAGAACAAAAAGGACCCUGACAUUGUGCACUACGCCUGUCGUUUCGAACCGGAAGAGGCCAUGGCAUUCCUGGGAAUCCCGGAAGAGGCCGUGCAGGAUGUCAUCCCCAGUUACGUCCAGACUAAUGUCAAUGAGGACAAGAGUAUUGAUCGGAUUUUAGCGGCGGGUGCCUUGAGAUCAUUGACAAAGAAGUACAACAACCAUGCAGAGCUGGAAGUUCUAGCUAUUGAGCUGGAGAAGGAAGCAGGCGUGCCAUGGAUGGCGGACGACAACUCCAUCACGGUUGCGCUGGGUUCCCCUUCCCAGACUGGCGCCAAACCUCCACUGGAUGUUUCCCUACCAGUCGGCCUGGUCAACAUCCGCAACACCUGUUACCUCAACAGCAUCCUCCAAUAUUUCAAUACCGUCUUGCCGGUACGUAGUGUUGUACUCAACUGGGAGGAGUUCAAACUGGAGCCGACGGAAGAGAACCUCAAGACUCGCCGCCUCGGGGGCAGCGGCUCAGCUCUGGACAAGGCUGAGGCUUUCCUGGCUGCGAAGUUCGUCGAGGAGAUGAGAUCCUUGUUUCUGGACCUUCAAAGCUCGAACGAGAGUGCUAUCAGACCUCAGCAACGCCUAGCACUCGCCGCACUGAAGACUGCAGAUCAACUUGUCAGAGGCAAACCUGCAGAGGCUUCCACAACGGCAAUAGGUCCUCAGCCAAAACCUGACUCGUCAAACGUGGAUUUGCCUCCUCCACCCCCUUUGCCCGCUAGGCCUUCGCCCAAGCCUCCGUCCCAAUCGACUCAGCCCACUGUUACAGUCAAUGCUGUUUCGGAGCAUGCUGAUACCGCUAGCAACGUCAGCUCCUCGACCUUGGUAGACCAAAGGGAUGAAGACGCCGACCAAACCUACGUCACGAUCUCUCAGAAUUCAACGGAGGAUAGGGAUAUUCCUCAGGUUGUGCCAGCCAAGCAGAGGGUUGCGCUCGAAGACGAAGACAAGGAGCAAGCAACCGGCCCAGGGGAUGGUGGGCGUGGACGAUCUGUGGAUCGCGAGCAGGGUCUCUCAGGUGUCUCUGGUGCCAAAAUGAGUGGCACGGAUGAGAAUGUGACUGCGCCUGUGACGGAAACCAAAGUCGAGCAGGCGCUCACGGUGGAAGAGAAGAUCACAGGUGCCCUUAACGACGUCAGCGUCACUGGAACCGAACAGCAAGAUGUUGAGGAAGUCAUGGGCAACAUUCUAGAGCACCUCCACGCUGCUAUCAAGCCGACUGGCACAGAUGAGCACACUGGCAAGCAGACGGACAUCAUCACGGAGACAUUCUACUGGUCCAGCGUCAAGAAAAUUCGGACCGUCGACAUGAAUACGGGAAAGCCCCAGUCUGACUUCAGAUCUGUGCCUGAUCUAUCGAGGUGGAUGACUGCGUUUCCGGCGAAGGAAGGGAAGAUCGACCUCUACAAAGCACUUGACAGCAACUUUGAUCAGGAAUUUCAAGAGGAUGGCCAUGAGACGUACUCCUCCAUCACAAAAGCGUCUCCAAUCCUCCACGUCUACAUUCAGAGGAGUCAGAAUGUCGAUGGGAAGCUAAGCAGAAACAACAAUGUCGUCGAGAUCCCUGGAAAGCUCUACUUGGAUCGUUAUAUGGAUGGAGACACUGACUCGGUUCUGUUCAAGAAGCGGCAGCGCAGCUGGCAACUGAAGCGGCGGCUCGACGCCCUGGAUCGCCCAUCGCAGCCGGAGCCUGUUCAGUCAAAGUUCAGGGAUGAAAAGGACAAACCCAAUGAGGCAGGCUACGAGGUCGUCGAUGCAGGUGAUGCAGUUGUUGAUGCGUUCGAGAAAGAGAUGAUGACGGUCGAAGAUGAGGACUACGUGUCUAUCCUGACUCCCGACCUUCAGCAUAUGUUCGUUAACCAAGGCAAGCUACCCAGUCCCUCUCAAUCACAGAACGAGGAUGUUGCCAUGGACGGCGCAACCUUGGGACCAUUGGUCGACCUGAGCUCGAAUGCUCGUCGCCAUCUGCAUGAGUUCAACGAGGAUAGCAAGGAACGCGACCGCCAAGAGCUAUCAGCCCUGUUCACCGACAUGACGAAUGUCGCUUAUCGCCUCCAUGCCGUCAUCUGCCACGGCGGCGGUCUGGGCUCCGGCCACUACUGGGUCUGGAUUUACGACUUUGACAAGAAUGUGUGGCGCAGUUACAACGACGAGAGGGUCGAAGUCCAUGCCGACAAGGACAAGGUUCUGAACGACUUGAACAAUGGUGCCAGCCCCUACUAUGUGGCGUACGUGCGUGAGGACCAGGUCGACCGACUGGUCAAGAUCCCGGAGCGGAAUCUGGUCACACCUAGCGAGCAGGUUCCCACUGCCGCCGAUGAGGUCAUCCAGAGCGUCGACGUCGACAUGCAGGACGCGGCAGAGGUGUCACAUGUAGAGCAUCGCGAGUAG